GUGGUGUUAAGCAAGGGAGAGAAAUAUGGGGGGAGAAAUAUGUGGGGUGUGGGCGGCGGCGGAGAAUGGGAUGGAGAGAGGCUUAUUGUUCGGGGGAACUGGACUGAAUCCAUAUGGGGGAAAGGAUCAGGCACAGUCUAGUGUCGUGGUGGCACCCCCAAAGCAAAGAUCUCACCUCGACUCUAAAACGAGGAAAGGACUUCAUUUGGAUAAAAUCCUGCCUGCUCCAAGCUCCGGUUGUUUCAGGGGCGCAUCACCCCCUGAAUGUCGGUCCAUUCAUUCUUGUCCCCCACCCACACCCCCGCCGCUCAGGGGCGUUUUUGUUGGUUUCAUAUUUGCAGACAAAAAUCUUGGAAUGAGUCGACUGCUUGCCUUCCGGGACCGCUGAAAUUCUUUCCAUUCAUUAGCAAUUUGUGUUAGGCGUCUGAAGGGAACAUAGAUCAAUCCUGCGCCCCUGUCGUUUCAAAAGGUGAGAGGAGCUGGGCUGCGUCAAACUAAAGGGUCUCUCUCUCCCCUUUACUGACUAACAGUAUUUGCAUUUCUAUCUGGUUUUCCCCGCCUCUUCAAUUAAUCCCCACAAGAACCCUGCGAGGUAGACUAGGCUGAGAGGCAGUGACUAGGUCAUAAUGUCUCCUGGUUUCUGCAAAAACGGAAAGGGAACCUGAUUGUUCCUGUCUCUUCCGGUCUUUUCAUAUCUUGCUGUUUUGCUAAAGGGCAAAAUAGUAUUAAUAAUAUUUUGCCGCUCCUGCGUCCCACCCCUUCUGCAGAUAUGCCUUUCAUUCCUAUCAGCUUCAAAUAUUUUGAGAGAAUAUGUAUUUAUUAUUAUUAAUUAAAUUUGUAUAUCGCCUUCAUCCACAACAUAAAAAUUCAGAAUAAAGUACAUAAUAAAAACACACACAAGAAGAAAACAAACCAAACCAAUACCCACACAUUUAAAAGGACAUAGACUGUUAAUCAGCCAAAGCACUGAACAUCUUAGCUCCAGGGUAUCUCAAGUAACCCUCAUAUCACAGCUCUAAGAGCAUCGUUGGUUGUUCCCCAAGUUGUCGAGGCUCAUUUGACAACAAGAAACUAGGCCUUUUGUAUCAUAAGCCCUGUGUGGUGGAAUACGCUGCCAAUAGAGAUUCAGCGGGCACCUUCCAUUUUAACCUUUAAGCACCUGUUCAAAGCUUUUCCAUUCCAUCAGGUUUAUGCAGAAAAUUAAGAACACAUCUGCCAUAAUAAUUAGUGGAUUUCUUAUCUUAAUGUUCUUAUGGUAUGGUUUUACGUAUAGCUUUCGUAAACCACUGCGAAUAGUGGUACAGUGGUACCUCGGAUUAAGUACUUAAUUCGUUCUGGAGGUCCGUUCUUAACCUGAAACUGUUCUUAACCUGAAGCACUACUUUAGCUAAUGGUACUAUUUCUGGGUUAGCGGAGUCUGUAACCUGAAGUGUCUGUAACCUGAAGCGUAUGUAACCCGAGGUACCACUGUAUAUAAAUAUUUUUAUAAAAAUAAAUAAAUAAAUUUCACUGAAAAUAUAUCCUCAGUUUUGUCUCUUGUUCAUACAGGCUCUGAAAAGUGUUCCAUGUUUCAACUGAGGUCAACAUCUCCUCCUUGGGAAAAGGACGUUGCUGCGGUAGAGUCUUCCCAGGUGUGUGGUCUACCAUGGCAUGGUUUUUGGCUAUAUGGGAGAAACCCCAAACCCCUCUCACUCAUUUGACCAGGAAGCUUCAAAGCCCCUUUUACAAGUCUGUUUUUAAUCUGUGGAACCAGAUGUAGUCUGCUAUCACUUUCCCACCAUCUUCCUCACCCCCCACCCUAAAUUCCUACACACACAAACAGACACACACAGGGAGAAAUUGCAUACAAUAGAAUAAAAUGGGAGAACAUUGAUCCCAGUGGGAAUACCAUUUUUUAAAAUACUUCCAUUAAUGCUUCCAUUAUACUGGCCUCGGUCCAGUAUGUCUGAAGGAGUGUCUCCACCCCCAUCGUUCAGCCCGGACACUGAGGUCCAGCGCCGAGGGCCAUCUGGCGGUUCCCUCCCUGCGAGAAGCCAAGUUACAGGGAACCGUGCAGAGGGCCUUCUCGGUAGUGGCACCCGCCCUGUGGAACGCCCUCCCACCAGAUGUCAUAGUGAACAAGAACUAUCUGACUUUUAGAAGACAUCUGAAGGCAGCCCUGUUUAGGGAAACUUUUCAUGUUUGAUGCAUUACGGUAUUUUAAUAUUUUGUUGGAAGCUGCCCAGAGUGGCUGGGGAAGCCCGGCCAAAUGGGUGGGGUAUAAAUAAUAAAUUAUUAUUAUUAUUAUUAUUAUUAUUAUUAUUAUUAUUAUUUACAGAAACACCACACCCUGCAUAUAGAAGAAAAGCACAUCAGUGGGGAAAGGCAGCUUGGCCCUUUGCCUGCUAGUCCAUUGUUGUUUUUAUUGUUGCAGGUGACUCUUAGUGUAGGGCGAUAUUUUUUUAAAAAACACCUCCCCCCCAUUUGCAGUGGUGCAAUAUACUGCUGCAUAUACGGGCCAGGUCUCAUUUUUUCCAAGUUGCAGGGAGUUGCAUCUAUUGUUCCUCUGUUUUGGUUCAGGUGUGAAGUUUUUUUUGGUGGUGUGCCUGAGGCUGAGCUUUCUUUCCUUUCCUUCCAGCAGCCGGUGACCUUUGAGGAUGUGGCUGUCUGUUUCACAAAGGGGCAGUGGGAUCUGCUGGAGCCAGAGCAAAAAGCCUUGUACAAGGAGGUCAUGCAAGAGAACUACGAGAACGUGGCCUCCCUGGGUAAAGAACUAUUUCCCAAGGUCACAGGACCUGGGAAACUCUAAAUUGCCCGUGUCUCCCAGCAGUUUUAUUUAUGUAAAAGAUCUAAAUGUAUAUGUGGAAAGCACAACACUGGUCAUUAGAAUGUAUGGUACAAAUGCCAAUAAAUGGCCACUUAAUUAAUUGGGAGCGGCCGCCGAGACCACAUAACACCGGUCUUGAAAGACCUACAUUGGCUCCCAGUACAUUUCCGAGCACAAUUCAAAGUGUUGGUGCUGACCUUUAAAGCCCUAAACAGCCACGGCCCAGUACACCUGAAGGAGCGUUUCCACCCCCAUCAUUCUGCCCGGGCACUGAGGUACAGCGCCAAGGCAGUUCCCUCGCUGCGAGAAGCCAAGUUACAGGGAACCAGGCAGAGGGCUUUCUCGGUAGUGACACCCGCCCUGUGGAACGCCCUCCCACCAGAUGUCAAAGAGAACAAGAACUAUCUGACUUUUAGAAGACAUCUGAAGGCAGCCCUGUUUACGGAAGCUUUUAAUGUUUGAUGCAUUACUGUAUUUUAAUAUUUUGUUGGAAGCUGCCCAGAAUGGCUGGGGAAGCCGAGCCAGAUGGGCGGGGUAUAAAUAAUAAAUUUAUUAUUAUUAUUAUUAUUAUUAUUAUUAUUAUUAAUCCAGACUAGAUACUGGUUGUUGUUUUUUUAAUUUGCUAAGCUUAAUGGACAUCCUGUAGCAAUGAAUGCAUUCCCAAAGUGAAUUACAUUUUACAUGAAUGCUUUCACAUGAUAACCCUGAAUUAUAAAGUUAUGAGAGAGAGAUUAUUCCAUUAAUCAUUGCAUCCUGCCAUACCAAUGUUGCCUUCUUGCACAGAUGACUGAAUUCAAUUUUACAUUAUAGUGACAUUCACUCCUGCAUGGUCCAGAGUGAGUGAUCAGCAGAGUUAGAGGAGUUGCGGUGUGUGUUGUUUUUUUGGGGAAAGAAGAUAAGCAACAAGGUCUUACCAGCGUAAGGCUGCAAUCCUAUACUUGCCCAGGAGAAAACCCCAUUGAGACCAGUGGGGCUGACUUCUGAGUAUACAUGCAUACGAUUGCACUGUCUGUUGCACACAUUUCCAUUUGCUUCUGCUCCUUAAACUUCCAGGGAUGUUAAAAGUUUGCGUAGGGAUCUAUAUUAUACUUGCCUCUUGUGCCACUGUCUUCCUCAUGACCCUUUUCUUUUCUCCUGCCUUGCUCCUAAACAGGUUUUCCAGUUCCCAAACCGACCCUGAUCUUCUGGCUGGAGCAAGGAGCGGAGCCCUGGGUUCAAGAUAUGGGAGAAAAAGCAAUCAAAGGUGAGGCCUGCUGCAGGCAUGGGGAGGCCCAACAGGGCCCGCUGUGGAAUAUUAAGGGGGUCUGGAUGAGCGUACACCCAUAUACAGCCCACAUCUUCAGCACCUACAUGGGCUGGGUGUCGGGAGCACAUUCUCCGACCUUCCGAUCACAGGAACGCAGGAACAGCAGAGCAGCAUUCCGGAGGAAUAAAUCCUGGUGCAGUGGACUCACAUUGUGAGCACCUCAAAAGCAGCAGAGUAACGGAAGCAAAGCUGUGGAGGUUUUGUUGCAUACCUGAUUUAUUUCUACUGAUUAAACAAAUAAAAGAACAUAGCAAACAUGUACGAGAGAUACAGCUCCCUCAUACUGCCAUCUUGUCUCUAGGCAGAUCAAAGAAAAACAGACACAGUGCUAGGGAUGGAAGUCUGGAAGAGUAGUUUCCACCCCCUCCUUUCUCACAGACAGAAAGUAAAACAAACAUGAUCUGGUGAUCUUUGCAAUGGGAGGGAUGAAAAUACUGAUGUCGGACCCCUCCUUGAAAAUUGGGGGAGGCAUCUGUUCCCUCAGUGGCGUGCGAAACCUAGCAGUUGAACUGUGAGAUGCUGUACUUGUUUGAAAACAUUCCCCCUAUCUCCCUCAGGGUUUCCCCCUCUGCUGUUCCUUUUAGUCCUGUGUGAUUUUCUCCCUUCUGUCUCCCUGCCUCCGCUGUCUCUGCUCUUGCCAUGGGCUGGAUAGGCGUGGAGGAAUGGUGGGAGGAACCAGCUAGGAAACCACCAAGGGAAAGGUGUCCCAGGCUGAUGGGAAUCAGAGUCCAGCCAUAUCUUGAAAGCCACAGGUUCCCCAUCUCUGUUGUGGGGGCUUGUGGAAUGGAAGUUCAGUGAAAGAGCAUCUGUUUUUUUCAGUCUGUGGUAUUUCUGCUGAAGGCUCAAGUAGCAGGCAGUGGGAACAAGCAUCAGCUGGAGAGCCCCUGCCAGUGAAGGGGGUACAAUCCUAGGCUGGGUAGAUUGUUGUUGCUGUCUAGUCGUUUAGUUGUGUCCGACUCUUCGUGAACCCAUGGACCCCCAUGGACCAGAGCACGCCAGGCACUCCUCCCGCAGUUUGGUCAAACUCAUGCUGGUAGCUUCAAGAACACUGUCCAACCAUCUCGUCCUCUGUUGUCCCCUUCUCCUUGUGCCCUCCAUCUUUCCCAACAUCAGGGUCUUUUCCAGGGAGUCUUCUCUUCUCAUGAGGUGGCCAAUGUAUUGGAGCCUCAGCUUCAGGAUCUGUCCUUCCAUGGAGCACUCAGGGCUGAUUUCCUUCAGAAUGGAGAGGUUUGAUCUUCUUGCAGUCCAUGGGACUCUCAAGAGUCUCCUCCAGCACCAUAAUUCAAAAGCAUCAAUUCUUCGGCGUUCAUCCUUCUUUAUGGUCCAGCUCUCACUUCCAUACAUCACUACUGGGAAAACCAUAGCUUUUACUAUACGGACCUUUGUUGGCAAGGUGAUGUCUCUGCUUUUUAGAGUAGAUAAAUUGUUUAAUUCCCUAUACAGCUGCCACGCAUGAUGACUAUGGUUGGGCUUCAUGGUGGGUGGUGGUGAUGUUUCUGAGGGCCAGUUGUUGGAAACUGUAGGAGGAGAGCGUGGUCUCGUGCUCGGGUCCUACUUGUGGGAUUUCUACAGUUGUCUGGGUGGCCCCUGUAAGGACAGGAUGUUGUCCUAUGUGUGGAGGAAAACCUUAAAACAUGUCGCAGAGUCCCCCAAAAUAGACCGGAGGCAAUUGUAUUUCUUCUUUUUUAAUUUUUUUAAAAAGUUUUUAUUGUUAAAAUAAUUCAGCAUUAAUACACACAUAUUGCGGAUAUACAAGCAUACAAACAUACAUUUCAUACAAUCCUUAAAUAUAUACAAACAUACCUACAUUCAGUCCCACAGAUAAUUCCUUUCCCCAUCACCACCCACCACCCCUCACCCCACCUUUGUGUUAGACUUCCAAUCUACUCAAUUGCAAUUUCUUUCCACUUCUAUUACUUUCUUUCACACACCUUUAACCUAAUUUCAUGCUUCUUUUUCUAUUACACAUAGUUAUCCAUCUUAUUUAGUAUUUCAGUAUUUAAAACGGAACUUGUUUAUUCUAAUAGUUCUGAUUUUUCAAUAUGGUUUUGCAAGUAUCCUUUAAACACCUUCCAAUCCCCUUCUAUCUUCCCUUUUGAGAUCCUUCCAAUUUCUCCCAUUGUUUUGGAUAUAUUGUAGUACUCCAAUAAUUGUAUUUCAUCCAGCAGAGCUUUACUUUCUACUGAAGGCAAAUGAUCGUAAUGGUCACAAAUCCAAAUACAUUCAGAAUACAUCCAAAUACUUAUAACAAGACUAAAACUUAACACUAAGCAUACAGUGGUACCUCGGGUUACAUACGCUUCAGGUUACAGACUCCACUAACCCAGAAAUAGUACCUCGGGUUAAGAACUUUGCUUCAGGAUGAGAACAGAAAUCGUGCUCCGGUGGCGCAGCAGCAGCAGGAGGCCCCAAUAGCUAAAGUGGUGCUUCAGGUUAAGAACAGUUUAAGGUUAAGAACGGACCUGCGGAGCAAAUUAAGUACUUAACCCGAGGUACCACUGUACUAUGUACUGAACACCACACCAGAAGGGAGAGAGAGAGAAAGCGAAAGUAAAACGCAGGCUCCCUUUGGCCUAUAUUUAUAGUCAGCAUGAUCUUAAUUGGAAGAGAUAAGAGAACUAGUUCAAACCAGCUUCCCAGAAGGUAUAACCCAAACAAUCAUGACCUUUCUGCCUGCUUCUUUCACACAGAGAAGCUUCUAAUAGCUUCUAGAAUCCUCUUGUAUUAUUCAGAAUGGGAAAGAUCUCUACACAUCAGAUCAAUCCUUUAGGCAUUAAGAAAUGCAAACUGACAGAUAUUGGACUAGGUCCAGCAAGAUCUCCUUGCGUUAUUGUCUAAGACAGCUUCCUGUUUUUCCUCCUCUCGCUUCAAAACAGCAAGUGACAAGAAGACGGCGAAGAAAAAAGCAACCUGCCCCCUGUGUGGGAAAAUAGUCUCUUCCAAAUAUGCUCUUAUCGGGCACAUGAGGACCCACACAGGAGAGAAGCCUUACGAAUGCCAUGACUGCAGGCGGGGGUUUGCCUUGCGGAAGAAUCUGACCUUGCACCAGAAAACUCACCAGAGUAAGCAGAACGUGGAGAUGGUGUAACUUGCCCAAAACCUUGCUGUGAGGGAGGCGAAAAGAGAGCCUGUAUAGUAUAGGGGUCCCAGGUGGGUGGGUAGGGACGCAGUGGGUCUCCCUGUGUAUUGCAUGCAGAGAUGUAAUUUACCCCGUGGUGAGAUUGUGUUUGGUGGAACAGAUCAAUCGAUCCCCACCCCACGAGUCUAAAUAUGCAAACAUUGCUUCCUUGCAGAACACCUUGUGCCAGACUCCCAGUUAAUCCGAGAAACCGCUUCCUGGAAAGAAUCUGCUUUUAGCCAGAACCAGCCAGGGGGAGAAGAACAUCGAGGUAAGUUCUUCUAACCCCUGUGAUGGCCUCACUACUUUGCCUAUGGCAGGCAGAUACAGAGCUAAAGGCCUAGUUAGUGGUGGCUCCCAGAUUACAGAAUGUUCCCACAGAGAGGCUCGCCUGGUGUCGACUUCGAUGCCGCUUUUGGCCUCCGCCCCCAGGCAAAGAUCAUUUGAUUUUUCCAAGCUUCUAAAGCCUGUUGUGAAUCCUUUUUUUUAUGCUGCUUGGUGUUUUACUUCUAGUGACAGCUUUUCCACUUACCUUUUAUAUUGUAAUAUUUGUAAUUCCAACUUUUGGUUUUAAUAUAUGCUGGAAUAAAAAUUUAGGAGUUUUUAAUGUUUGAUGUUUUAUUGUGUUUUUCAUAUACUGGGGAAACCCAGUCAGAUGAGCGGGGUAUAAAUACUAAAAUUAUUAUUAUUAUUAUUAAUAAUAAUAAUAAUAAUAAUAAAUAAUAAAAACUUAAUUAGCUGCCCUGGGAACUGAUGGAAGGGAGUGGUGUAAAUCCAAAUCCAUAAAUGAAAAUGACUUCACUGGGCUCAGGUUUUUGUUUGACACCCUGAGCUCCUUUGAGAGGACAGAGGGGAUUAAAGAAACCUAAUUAAUAAUAACAGCUGCCACUUCUGGGGUCGUCAUUCCCUACUUUCUAUGCACCAGAGCGAUAUUCAUAAAGCUUGUUCAGAGCCUAUAAGCUCUUCUCUCCCUUCUAGUUAAGUAUUUUUUAAAUACAGUGGUACCUCGGGUUAAGAACUUAAUUCGUUCUGGAGAUCUGUUCUUAACCUGAAGCACCACUUUAGCUAAUGGGGCCUCCCGCUGCCGCCGCAGCACAAUUUCUGUUCUCAUCCUGAGGCAAAGUUUGUAACCUGAGGUACUAUUUCUGGGUUAGCGGAGUCUGUAACCUGAAGCGUCUGUAACCUGAAGCAUCCGUAUCCCGAGGUACCACUGUAUUCUGCUUCUAUCCACUCAGAUUACCUAAUGUCGGAGGGUUCAGUGCCUCAGCCGAGCUACCUUGGAGGUGAGUUUCCAUAAAGUGACCUGUCUCAUCCCCUCUUGUUUUUGUCGAGUCUCUGCUCCCUUUGCAUGGUGUAUGCGUGAGGAUGUUAUCAGGGCCACAAGUCCCUUUUUAUGGAGGGGGUGGGUGUCUCAACAAGUUGCUCCCGCCCCCCUCCUUAGUACUACAGCCAUCAGUGCUGGCGGCUGCUCCUUGUCCUCUGAGCUCUCUGCUGACUUUCCAGUAAACUGGCAGGUAAGCCAGCAGCAAAGAUGCAGUUGGGAAACUCAUCGCUGCAGGCCAACUUUGAUAAGUGGGUGGGACUGCCCACCUAUCUAUCGCUUGCCAUCAGAUGGCCAGUUUUAGCCCACAUAGUUUGAAAUUAAAUCAUGCCUAGCGUGUGGCACUUCGAAGGUCCAACAAUCACCUGGCUGGAACUUGAAGAGCCUACACUGUCCGGAGCUCAUCCUACACUCGAGUAGGAUCCUGGCAGAGACACAUGCCCGACUGGCAUGUUCUCUCCCUCCUGGUCUUUCGUUUGGGAGCUUCAAAAGCUUUCUUCUGCCCGAACAUCGCAGCAGCUGAUGCCAACAGACACCGGCACACUUAGGAAUUCGCAGAGUUUGCACAUCAUGCGUGUGACAGACCUCAGCAACUCAGCAUUUUGGUUAAUCUACUUUAUUUACAGGGACGCGGGUGGCGCUGUGGGUUAAACCACAGAGCCUAGGGCUUGCCGAUCAGAAGGUCGGCGGUUUGAAUCCCCGUGACGGGGUGAGCUCCCGUUGCUCGGUCCCUGCUCCUGCCGACCUAGCAGUUCGAAAGCACGUCAAAGUCCAAGUAGAUAAGUAGGUACCACUCUGACGGGAAGGUAAACGGCGUUUCCGUGCGCUGUUCUGGUUCGCCAGAAGCAGCUUAGUCAUGCUGGCCACAUGACCCGGAAGCUGUACGCUGGUUCCCUCGGCCAAUAAAGCGAGAUGAGCGCAACCCCAGAGUCGUCCAUGACUGGACCUAAUGGUCAGGGGUCCCUUUACUUUAUUUACAUAUAAACACACACGGAGCACUGCAACAUGCCUCCCUCUCUCUCUAGUAUCAGACAGCAAAGAGAAAAAGAGCAAAGGACAAUUGUCCCACUUCACAGAACACAGUAACACAAACAUCCUGUCUCCGUCACUUCCCACUCUGUGGAGUCAAAACAUAUACCGUCAUGUGAUAGACAACAAUCCCACGACUAAUCAUGGAGCAGGAAUUCUAACAUACACAGAGUGCAUGGGCGUAGCCGGGGGGGAAAGGGAGGCAGCCCCCCUCAAUCAAGUAAAUCAAUAAAAAUCUAACAUGAAGCCUGCCCUCCACCCCCCACAUAAAUCCUGGCUACACCCGCAACAGGGCUUGCAAAAAUUUGUUGCAAUGGUGUCAGUUACCAGUUUAUGUUGGUAGCAGGGAUUUUUGUUGUUAACACAUUAAUAACACGUGGCUCCCAAUUGGUGGUCCAUGGACCACAGGAGGUCUGUGUAGCCCACCCAGGGGAACUGUGGCAUCAUUCACAUAACAAAAACUACCAUAGAGAUAGCAAAAAUUUCAAAAGUAGGCUGAUGUUUUAUUUACUUAUUUACUUAUUUAUUUAUUUACGGUACUUACGGGACCGCCUCUCCUGGUAUGCCCUGCGGAGAACCUUAAGGUCCAUAAAUAGCAGCACCCUAGAGGUCCCGGGCCCUAAGGAAGUCAGAUUAGCCUCAGCCAGAGCCAGGGCCUUCUCAGCACUGGCUCCGGCCUGGUGGAACGCUCUGUCUCAUGAGACCAGGGCCCUGCAGGUUCUGAUUUCUUUCCACAGGGCCUGUAAGACAGAGUUGUUCCGCCUGGCCUUUGGCUUGGAAUCAACUUGAUCCCCUCCCCCUCUUUCCUUUUUCCUUUUCUCCUUCUGUGACGGAACUCCUAUUUGGGGACUUCCCUGGCUUUUUUCUGGCCCACGUAGGACCAGUCUGGAUAGUUGGCCUUGGUGAAGAUUUGACGUUUUCAUCCCCCAAAAAUUUUUGAUUUGAGUUUCUACUGAAAUGAGGCUGCAUUUUAAUGUUGUACUUAAUCUUUUUUUGAAGUUGUAUUUUAAUCAAUUGUUUUUAUACCUGGUGUUACCUGCCCUGAGUCCGGUCUUGGCUGGGGAGGGUGGGGUAUAAAUAAAAUAAAAUGAUGAUGAUGAUGAUAGUAAUAAUAAUAAUAAUAAUAAUAAUAAUAAUAAUAUGAAGUUGGGAGCUGCCCAGAGUUGCUGGGGCAACAGUCAGAUGGGUGGCAUAGAAAUUAAUAAUAAUAAUAAUAAUAAUAAUAAUAAUAAUAAUAUUUAUUUCAUUUUGAAAAACGGGGCCUGCAGUACUUAGCUAAUUGGGAACCUGAUCUAAUUAAAAACACCAACCAACCAACCUAUAUUAUCCCUCCAAUUUCUCUCCAAAAGGAAUAAUCAAGGUUGAAACGGUGGACGACACAGACGAAAAGGACCCGAUGGAUGACUAUGCUCUCUCACUGUGCCCCCCAAUGGAGGUGUGGCCUCCAAACCUGUAUCCAGAGGCCUGUGGAAGGGAACCUGGUGCAGUGGGAGCAGCCCGAAAGACGCUAGGCCCCCGAUCUAUCCAAAAGUCAUGGUUCUCUCAAUUCCCAUGGCUGGAGGCCGACAAAGGGCAGACCACCCUCUACUGCGUGGUGUGCAAGGAGAAGCCGCCCGCUCACGGCCCAGUGUCCAAACUAGUAACGGGAUACACCCGGCCGUUCAAAGUGGAGACUCUGAAGCACCACGACAAGAGCAAUGCUCACAAGCUCUGCGUGCGAGCGCUGACAGCUAAGGAGGACCCAGAUGGCGCCCCGGCGGCCGAGCGCUUGACUAAGAUGUCCAGCUACGUGCUGAGGAACAUGGAGCAUCUUUUCAGUGCCGCUUACGACAUCGCUUACCACUCGAAGCCGCUGAACGAUUACGAGAAAGCGCUGGACCUCCUGCAAGUCAUGGGAGCCCCCAUCAUCCCCAGGUACAGGAACAGGGUGGCAUGCACCCUCUUCAUAAGGUGCAUCGCGGACACGCUGCGGAAGGAGAUACUUGACAGCAUCUGCCGGUCGCCUUGUGCCAGCCUCCUCUUGGACGGCUUCACGGAUUCGUCCGACCAGCCCUGCCUGGCAAUUUACAUCCGCUACCUCAAGAGAGCGGAAGUGAAGGAGUCGUACCUUUGCUUGCCGCCUUUGCCCGGCGACACCGCCGACGCCUGCUUCGCUGCCGCCGUUUCAGCCAUGGAUCAGCUUCAGAUCCCGUUCAGGAAACCCGGGUGGGUCGUGGGCCUUGCGACAGGCGGCGCAGCCAGCAUAGCAGCCUGCAAAAGUGCGCUCGUCGCCAAAUUCCAAGAGGUGAUCCCUCGCCUGUCCCCGGCCCAUUGUGUCACCCACAAGCUGCAGUAUGCGGCCAUCGGCGCCUGCUACAGGGAUGUUGACUUUGUGAAGGACUGUGAAAAGCACAUCAGGGCAACGUUCAAGUUUUUCCAAGCCUCUCCCGAAAGACUGAGGGAGCUGCAGGGUGCGGCUCCCCGCCUGGGCCAGAAGGUGGCCAAACUAAUGGAGUCAAACAGUGUCAGGUGGCUGGUGAGCAAGAGGCAAACUCUAAGCGUCCUUCUUGAAAGCCUGCCUGCUUUGGUUGCUCACGCUGAGCGCCUGGCGAAAUCCAGCAGCCACGAGGGGCAGAAGGCGAAAGGCAUGUUGACGUUCUUGAGGAGCUUCCAUUUUGUCAAGUUUUCCCACUUCUUGAUCGACUUCCUUCAGGUUUACAAACCCCUCUCGGAAGUGUUCCAGAGAGAAAGCGUCUUGCUUGGGCAAGUGACUGCUGCUGUAGAAGCUGCCUACUUCGCCUUGCAAAACCUCCUCCAACAGCCGGGACCGAAGGAGGAAGAGUUUAACGCCGCCGUGAAGAAUGGUUCUUUCAGAGGGGUCUCCUUGGAUGUGGUCGAGAUGGGAGAGUUCCGGUUCCAAGUGGACCGAGCAAAAAUCAUCCUGACCGGGGCGGAAUACCUGCACCAGAGAUUUGACGGUGAGACGUCGCCCCAGCUCUUAAAAAGCACAGAAGUGUUUGAUACCGUGUGCCGGCCUGCUGCUGGGAGCUGCCUUGCCAAUUCUGGAGAUGCUGAGGUACUUUCCAUGGCGAAAUACUUUGAGUACGUUCUCCCUCCGAGCUACAGCGAGGAAAGGCUGCUGGAUGAAUGGGCUGAACUUAAAAACGUGGCCAAGGACCUUUUGUUUUCAGAGCUGUGCAGGAAGGCCAUUGCGGAGCGGCAAGCGUUUCCUUUGCUGAGCAAACUCGCCUCCGUUUCUGCAUGCUUACGAAUCUCUACAGGAAGCUGUAAGCGGGGCUGCGUUGUUAUGAACCUGAUAAGGACUUACGAGAGGUUGAAGCUUUCCAACGAAGUGGCAAACUCUCUUGUGAUGGUGGCAGUCAAUGGGGUGGCAGUGCCAGAGUUUGACCCGUUGCCUGCAAUCGAGCACUGGUACUUAACAUCAUCAGGCCGUCGUUGUUGACAACUCGGCCCCCGUCCUCACGUGCGUCGUUGAUGGGAUCCGGCUCGGAGCACAGUGCAGGGUGUGAAUAUGACCUGUAGUUGCAUUGGUGCAAGACAUCAGCACCUGAUUUCUCCCCUUCCUUUCCUCUCCCCUCCCCUUGUGUCAGUCUAACCAAGCUCAAAAGGGAGAACAGCCAUGUUUGAGCCAAAGGCAGCAGGCCAGAAACGAAGGCUCUAGGGUUACCUAGCAACUCAAGUAUUAACCCAUCGUGGUGUGCAGAGCUUGAUGGGGUUCCUGUAUGGACCUGGAUCACAGGCCAGGGUGGGAGGAGAGUUGAUCACACAUGAAAAAUGUCCUGGGCCCAACAGAUGCUUUGAGCAGGCCUGGUGACGAUCUCAGGAUGCUCUGGCAGCUUCCUUGUUUAGUUAAAAAAAAGGGUUUUCAAAGCCAUCCUUUAAAAAAGCCAAAAAACAAGAAAAAAACAACCUACAAGGCCUUUGGCUCGACACAGACACUUCCACCUGUUACGUUUCCUUACUCAUUUUUUGAGGCUACGUUGUUAAUGUUGGUGUCAUUUUAAAUCUUGUUGCAAUGCUUUGGGUACCAAGGGGUACUAAAAAGAACAAAACACUUG